UCGGGUGUGUAAACGGCGCGGUUGCCGUGCUUGCAGAGUCUCGAGUUUAGUUGGAGCUCGCUGUGAUUGCAGACAUGUUUUGUUGGUAGAAAAGACGAGUUCGGGUCGCUGCGGUGAGAGAUAAUUCCAACCAAAUCGGUAAAGUGUGUUCGCAAGUGGUCGACGAGUGGGGUGAAAAAAAGGUCCGCAGGACUCACAUUCGUCCGGGAAUUGCGUCGCGACGUGGUUUUUUGCUCAUCCGACGGUCGUGACAGUGAUUUCUGGCAGAAAUUGCAUGUGUGAGUGUAGCAGAAAUUGCGCAAAACGGUGAAGAUUUUCGCGAGUGAAGCGGCUUUGGAGCCUUUUUUGUGUGAAUCAGAAGGCUCAGGCGACCGUCGCGAAAUUUUAUAAUUAGACAGGAUAGAGUGAGGAGAUAGCGGUUAAUUAUUGUAUGCAAGAGAGAGAACGAGGUAUGGGAAGAUGGUGAUUCUGUGGUGUUGGUGGAUGAAUUUCCACUAGUGUGCACCGUGAGCGCUCCUGCUAAGAGACGUCACUGGCUACAGUGGCGUACGAGGUGUCUGGUCUUGUUUGGCUAAGAGCAACGGGGUGACCGAGACGCUGGGUAGCUGCUUCUUGCGGGUGGCGUCCCGGUCAGUGUAUAUUGGCGCAAUUGUGGCGCGUACGGGUGUGUGCGUGCACGACUAACUUUGGUGCAUAGGCCAACAAGUUGGUGAGAACGAGAAGGCAGACAGUCAGUGCCAAAAUAAUUGAAUCACACACACGAAGAGUACGGAGUGGCUCCUCGUCUGCGCCAAGUUGGAGAACCCACUCUCUCACUCUCAAAAACAAAAUCACUCUCAGGGGCGAGAGUGUGAGACACGUGAGAGAAACAAGUGGCUGUGUGCGUGUUUCGUCGCCGCGUCAGAUUGUAUCGACUAGACAAGAAUCAGCAGAGCGGUAAGAGAGAGAGACAUUACAAAACCUCUCCCAGCGUCUCUCGCCAAACAAUCGGACUGGAAGUUUGAGACUCAGCGCGACAGUCUGCACCAGACAGACGAUUCAUUAUUUUUUAUUGUUGAGCCACUAAAAUUGCUCUGUGUGUUGCCAUUUCUUUCACACCGAAAAAAUUCCGUACACAUACAUAAAACUCUGACUGUGUUGUGAGAGAAGUGCGCGAGGAAGUGGCAGAAAAUCGAUCCGGAGUGCGACAGGACGAAAUUUGUGAGAGAGAAAAGUGAAAGGAUAAUUAUGUGGUGAUUGGGCCAGAGGGUACCCAAAUGCCUUACAUAUUUUAGGGGUGAACUGUGUGGUAUUCCCCCCAAUUGUGUGUGUGACAGACGUAAUCUCCGGACUACGUUUCCGGGAGUGCCAGAUAAAAACAUAGAACUAGGUGAUUUCGUUGAGAUAUAUAUACAACCACAAUAAAAAAUGAGUGAAUACGUGACACCGCAACUGAGAACGGUGCUCAAGACGUUCCAGGACAAGGCAACGAAGAGCCUACAGGGUCCAGGAUUGUCUCUGGUGCAUCCGCAAAAGAAAGAACCCCCUUCGCCGGAGACUGUGGAAGAGCCAAUGGCACCACCGCCGCCGGAACUUCCACAGCCUAUUCUUAGUUCUGCAGACACUGGUCGUGGUGUUCUGUAUGAAACAAUUCUCGAGGGGAAACCAAUUGGAUGCUUUGUUCUUGGUGGAGAAAUGCGUCUUUGCUUGCCACAGAUCCUCAACAAUGUCCUCACAAAUUUUUCACUUGAACAAAUAAAUGGCACCUGCGAAAAGUUGCAGAUCUUCUGUUCUCAGUGUACAGCUGAACAACUCAAUGAAUUCAAGGCAGCAAAUAUCCUUCCGGAGGAUGUAAAAUUCUCCGGUUUGAUCACACGUACCAAUGCUGAGAGAUUGUGCUCGACGCUACUGCAUAGAUCGGAGCGUCGACCCGUCAUUAAGGGUGCCAUCUCCUUCCGUGUGUACCAUCGUUGCUUCGGUAAGACCGAAGGUAUCUGUACACCUGAUAUGUUCUCCGUUAAGGAGCCGGCAUGUAUUGAGUGCACAGACUGCGGGGGUAUGUUCUCGCCUCAGAGAUUCGUGUGCCAUGUGCACGGAGAACAAGAGGAGCAAACAUGCCACUGGGGCUUUGACUCUGGCAAUUGGCGAGCAUACAUUCAUGUAGCGUAUGAUGUGGAAAAUCGUGACAAGUACACCAAGAUGCUGGAUGAGUUGAGAGAGAGGGAGUAUCAGGAGACAUUGGCCAUGAUCAACCAACAGAGGGAGUCGCUGAGCCUCAAGAGAAAGGCUGUCAUUGAGGAGCCCCACAUUCUGGCGAACUCCAUAGACAUUCCCCAGAAAAAGUCCAAAUUGAUAGAUGAUGCGGCUUAUGCUCUGGAUUAUCACACAUACCACCCCUAUGCCCAAUUCUAUGCUCAUCACUUGCGGCAGCAGCAUCAGCAGCAACUUUCGGCGUUCCGACCGUGGACACCGCUCACACCAAAACACCUCGCCCACCUCAGCUACUCGAAUGUCCCGGGGCUGCCGUACCUGAGCCAAGAGCCGCCAAUCCUGCAGAACCCCGAGAGGGUUGUACGGUUGUCGGAAUGCGAACGCUUCGAGCGCACCUUCCAGCCCAAUGUUGCCUUAGCACCACGUCGGGUCAAUGGGCUUACCAAGGAGCUGUCCCCGCGGGAAACCACCCGUAUUGUCACCACCGAUAUCCCCAUUAAGCUAGAAAGGGUAACAUCCCCGCGUGAGAAUACCCUCGUUGGCGCCUCACCUGAACUACGUGUCACCUCUCCAGCUGGCGAUGGGGCACCCGUGAGCCCCGAACAGAUGUCCGGUAGCAAUGAGAUUACUUCCAGCACAUCCCCCGUGCCGCUGACCGGUAGUCAAGUUAUGACAAAUGGGGUGAGCCCAUCGCCGCCACGUAGUGCGCCGGAUAGCCAUCCGCCAGGGCAUGCAGUCCACCUUCAUCACAACCACCAUCAAGCCAGCGGAGCUGCAGCGGUGGUGCUGAAAAAUGGUGGUACACCUGCCCUGGCGGGGAAUCCGGAAUUUGAGCUGUCCACGGACACGGACGACGAUAGUCUCACCGGUGAGGCAGAUAGCAGUAUCACGGGAUCCCCGUGGGAUGUUGCUGCUGUUGCUGAAGCACUCAAAGAUGCAUCGCCCGGAGAUCGUGACAAGGUGCUGCAUAUUAUUAAGGUGCUGGUGCAGGAGAAUAUGCAGCUAAGACGGUGCAGUGCCGAAAAUGUGCGCCUGGUGCAGGAGCUGCGGCAGAAGGAUGACCAAAUAGCUGAACUACUGCUGGAGCAGCAGCGUCGGCAACUACCACCCCCGGAGCCCGUAACGAGGGUUGUGGUGAAAUCCGAACCACCGGAGGUGAGCAAAACGACUGAGGUGAUCAUGAAGCCACUGAAGAAGUCUGCAAGACGAAGUCCCGAGGACACGGUGGUUGUGAUGCCGCCCAAUAAGAGGUACACACUGAGUGCGGCUGUGGCGGCUGCCGAGGACAUUCCGGAUCCACCCAAGGAAUCCAUCAAGCGGGUGGAGAUGGUUAAUGGGGUGGGUGGGGAGCACAAGGCACGCGAAAACGGGGUGACGAUUCAGUGCAAAGACAGUGGAUAAAAUUGGAGGGCAUCUGUCAUCCUUAUGACACCAUCAGCCUGCAGAUCAUCAUGAGAACUGUAGGCUGAGUGAAUCCUAAACAUCCUCGUGAUCACCACGAUCACGCCCCAUUUUUUUGAACCCACCCAAAAUUUUAUUUUAUUUUUCGAACUUUCUUCCCUUUGAUCAUCUUCCUCGAUCUGUGUCAAACACAGACGAAUGCGAUCUUUGGUGAUCAUAUUGGGAUCUUGUGGAGUGCGAAAGAUCUUCCUGAAGAUCAUCCCAUAUUGCUUGAAAAUCUGCGAUCUUCGAUGUGGAAAUGAUCUCCAAACGAUCACAGCAUUAAAGGUAGAUGAAACUCUAAAUUUCUUCUCUUUUUUUCCCUCCCAUUUGGGGGAUUUCUUUUUAAUAUUUUUUAAAAAUAUUAUAUUUAAAAGAAAAAAUACCUUAUUGAUAAGAACAAAAAGAUUAGUCGUAGAGGAAUGAAAAAAAAAGAAAAAAAAAACUAUUGAAUACCACAAAGUGGUGAUGCCAGUGUCUAUAAUUGAUCGAAUUAGUAAUCUUUAAGGGAUUUGUCGUAAAAAUUCUUUUCAAUAUUUUCUUAAUUUUAUUUUACACGUUAGAUAAGAUAAAAAAGCGUUUUCGAAGCAUGGCUAAACGACAAAAUUAUUAAAAGAAAAAAAAUAAAGAUUGUGUAGAUUUUGUGUAAAUUACGGUCAGUUCUUAUUACUUUUUACAUCAAAUGAAGAAGAAGAGAAACUAAGAAAGUGUGGAGAUUAAUUUAUAAGGGUCUCUGUAAAUAAUUUUGUGACGAUAAGUUUGUUUUAAAAAUGGCAAAAAAAAACUCAUUGGCCUGACUGUGUACGAUGAUUGUGCUAUUGUACACGUCUGGAGCCAUGCGACAAAUAUUUGUAUCAUUUGUAUUUAUAUGUUAUUUAUUGUGUGAUUUGAGCGAGAGCAAAAGAUAAAUUAGUCUUUAAGUCAGUGGUGAUUUUUUUUUCAUUAUGCAAUACCCCCAUUUAUGCAAAGAAAAAAAAACAUAAGAAAAUUAAGAAGGAUGACAGAGAAUAAAAUGCCUGCAAAAGCAUGAUUCAAGCCACAGUGCGUGCUUUUGCAUCACGCGCGACGCAUAUUACUUGUCAAAUUUGACAGUGACAGAUGGAUAAAUGUCUAAAUAAUUAUGCACAACAUAUUACCAUUUUUUUUCUUCGCUUAAAAUAAUAAUCAACCUACAAAACAAAAAACAAUAAAAAGAAAAUAGCUAAAAAUCCAUUUAACAAGAGAAAUAACUUGCAAUUGAACUAUGAUUUGACAUAAUUUUGACAUUUAGCUAGAACUGUCAAUCGCGCGUGCUGUCAAUGCAUGCACCGCAAUACCGCGUUUAAAAAAAUAGCCGUGAAGAGAACCAGUGAACAAAAUAAAGAAAAUAAUAUUAAAAAAAAAUCUCAUAAUAAGCAAAAUAAUAAAAAUUAAUCUUUGACCAAUUUUCCAAAAGUGACUUUUGCAUUUUAUUAAUGAAGAACAUCAUCUGAAAAGUCAUAUAUUUUCAAUAUAUAAUGAAAAUUAACGAGAAAAACACACAAUUUUCCCAAUGAAAAAGAAAACCAUAGGAAGUUUACUAAUAUUUAGUAACAAAGAGACAUAACGAAUUUAUUAAUACGAUAUAAAUUAAAAGAAAAACUAAACUUGGUCGACGAAAAUUUUCUUUCUUUAUUAAAAAAAAAAAAGAAAAUAGAAAUUAAAGCGAUUUUUGUGUCUGCAAAAUGCAAAAAGAAACUUUAAAGAAAAACUGACGGGGCUUCUAAAGAGGAAUAAUUUUUCAAACAAUCAUCCAUAUUUCAGUGACGUCAAUCAAUUAAAAAAAAAUACAUACAUAUAUAGUAUAGAUAGUAAAUAGAUGGUGAAGCAGAAAAGAAGGAAGUUCAUUGAAAAGUAGUUUAAGUCGCACAAACAAAUCAUUAUGAAAUUUAAAGAAGAUGGAGAAAAAAAAUAGUUAAUUAUAAAUGUGGGAGAUAGUGCUUUGAGAGUGUGAGAGAUUGGCUGGAAAAGGGCAAACAAGAUUGCCGGAGCUGUGCGUAAGGAGUUUUUUUUCUUUAUAUUGUUCUAAUCGCCUUUGAGAGUCUGCAAGAAAAAUUUUUCCUUAGAAAAACAUAGCGCGGCGCCCCAGAGGAAAAUAAUGGAAGUAGAACAACGCACUUUAUCGCAAAUAAAAUUGUACUUUGCCUCCGAUCUCCUCAGUCACAGGGACGGAUUUCAGAGCUUACAAGUUUAUCAUCUUGAAAUGAUCUUACAAGUUUUGAAAGUUUUUAAAUAGUUUUGACAAUUGUUAGUGUCAAAUAUUUGACAUUUGCAAACAACUGUCAGACAGUUGACAAAACAUUUGGUAUUCUGUUUAACCUCAACUUUUAUUUCAGCUGGCAUUUCUUGCUAUUUAAGUUACAAAAUGCAUAAAGUAGCAAAGGGGAGUCAUUUAAAUUAAAAUUCUCCAUUAAAAUUCAGAUGAAACGUACUUCAACAAGUGGUUAUGUCAAAUAUUUGACAUAAACAAACAAAUGUCAUUUAAUUAUCAAUUUACUUGAUUUUUUACAUGAAUUUUGAGUGUUAGUCUCAAAUAUUUGAUAAAUUCAAAUAACUGUCAACUGACAAAUGUCACGAAGAACUGUCAAAUUUUUGACACAUAAAAUUGUCACACUGUCAAUGAAUACCUAUCUUUUUUUUUUUUGAUCAAACAUUAACAAAAAAAUCCCUUUUCCAACGACAAUCUCCAAAUUAUUCCGUAUUUUUCCCCCAAAAAAAAGAGAUUAAAAAAAAUGCUAAAGUUUCUAUAUUUAUGGGAAUGAGAAUAAUCAAUGGGAUUGCGUUGGAUUAAAGGGAAAUAUUCUGGGUGGUGUCACAAUUAAAAUGUCAUCAACUAUGUGCACCGAAAGGGCAUAAUUUGGUGAACAAAAUUGAGCAUGGAUGUCAGAGGUGUUUUGCAUAAAAUAAUUGAUUGGUCUGUGUACUCAUCCAUAACGAUUUAUUUAUUGAGGUUUUCACACAGAACCCACCCCAAUGACAAUAGAAAAAAAAACCGGGGGUGGUGGUUGUAUGUGGUCAAUGAUAUAAUUUGGUUUGUUACAUAAAUUUGUGAAUUAAUUCAAAUGGAUUUGUUUUUCAAUUCUAUAAUUCCUUGUAAACAAUUUUUUUAAAUGAUUUUAAUUAUUUUAAUCGGAAAUAAUGAAAUUAUUAUCAAGAAUAAAAAUUCCCUUAGCUUUCGUAGCUUUUUAGCUGGAAAGGUUUUAGUUGGGAAACUAACGAUAAAAUUGACUUUCAAAAAGGAUGAAAGAGGACGUCGUUGUGGCGCCAGUGUGUCCAUUUCCUUGUAAUUCAAUGUUCCAUAUUAAUUACUAAUAUUUUCACUUCCUCCGUGACCAAUUUUAAGCCCUUUUCAACAUGCAGUUGAAUGAAGAAAAUUCAACACAGUGUGUGACAUUUUAAUUCACGUUUCCGCACCUCCCUUCCAAAUUAAUUUCAAAUUCUUUGCGCAAAGAAAAUUUUUAAUUGCACAAUUUUCAAUUUAGAAAUGUUAUAUUUAAUUAAAAAUUCCCAUUUUCGCAAUGAACUUGAGCUUUGAAAUUUAAUCCAGGUCUGUGGGUAGGGGGUGGGGAGGUGAACGAAGGUACAUCGUGGGGCAGGUAAUUUGUAGUGCGGUCUUGCAGGGUUAAUUGAAACGCAAAAUUUAAAUGGAGUGCACUCCCAAAUGAGGUAAAGGCGGUUUUUGCGUCGUAUGAAUGGUUAAAUGUUCUCGCAAAACAAGGAAAAUUUCAAAUGGAAAACUAUUUAAAUACAUACCAUCGUACUUAAAUGUAUUAAGGAAAAAGCUCUGCACUAAAACUCUUCAAUGUAAUUCACCCUCAAAAAUAAAUUUUUAAUACAAAUAUUUGUAAUGUGCUCUAUGUCUGUGUGUCCAUUAUCUCUUAGAAGUUGGGAAAAGUCAAAUAAAAAUAGGGAAAGAAAUUGAAUUAAAUAAAAUACCUAUAAGGUGGGAAAAGAUCAUUGGAUGAGGAAAAUGUUUGAGAUUUUAUUUUAAAUUGCUUUGAAGACUUUGUUGCUAAUUCAUAUUUUUUUUUUAAUUGCAUUGCGGAAUAUUUAAUUUUCUCAUUUUCAAAAAGAUUCAUUUGCAGAGCGAAUUCUGAGUUGAAUAAAAUUUAAUUUUGUUGCAAAAGUUAUUUCAAAAGAAUUUAAUUAAAAAUUGUGUUUGAGAUUUUUCAAAGAAAAACCUACAUAUAGUAAUUUUUUCCUUUUAAUUUGAUCAACGCUGUUAACCCGGAUUUGCAGAUUAACGAACAUGUGGAACGUUUUUAUUUGAAAACAAAAAAAAUUUCCUCCAAAAUUCUUUAUUUCAGCGAUUUUAGCGUAAAGUAAACCUGAAAAAAAAUCACCUUUACUUUGCUGAAUAAUUCGCAAUCCUUAAGUGGUUAAGACGGUUUAGCUAUUCAGUUUUAACUGUAUGAUAAAAAUAUUUUUUACUACAAAAGACAAAUAAAUAGAAAAGGAAGAAUUUUUGAUUUUCUCUUUGCUUACUUUUUAACUUAUCUAGAACUAAAAAAAAUUAAUUUCACGUCAAAUUAAGGAUUUUGACAUAUUUGGGUUAAUAAAAUUAAAUCAAUUCAAUGCAAAAGAAUAUUUUUUCACAAAACUUUGGGAAAUUUUAAGAGUUUGAAAAAUCCUAUUUGGAAGGUUUUCUUGAAUUUAUUGAAAGUUAAUAAAUUUUCAUUUUUGAGGUCCCGAAAGCUCUUCUUUCUUAUUAAUCAAAUCUAUUUAUUUUUCAGGAAAUAAUAUAUGUUAAUAAAACUGUUUACCAUCAUAAAAUUUACUAGAUACAGUUAAAAGGCAAAUCCGGGUUUUAUGAACGAUUUAAUACGGAACAAUGUUGGAAAAUAUUCAUUAAAAAAUUUCGGAUAAAAAAUUAAAAUUAUCAUAAAUAGAUAAUGAUUGCGCAUUUUUUUCUUAAUUUAACGAGCGAAAUCUUCUAAAAUAAAUAUAAAUAAAUAAAAAAUCAUUGCAAUAAAUUACUGCCGAAAUUUUGCAAAGAAAAAACUGCAAGAAAUUUAUUUGAAAUUCCCUAAAUUUUUAGACUGCUAGAACUCACGCUUAAGCUCUAGAUAAAUUCUUUAGGUUACCUACAUAUUAAAUUAUUUUUAUUUUUUUCAUUCACCAUCAGCGAGUUCAUGUAGGAAAUUCGGAAAAUUCAAAAUCAAAAUCAGGUUAAAAAAGAGAAAUCAAUUUUUUUGUUCAUUAUUUUCCAAUUUUCGAGGAAUAAUUUAAUUAUGUCUGCCCCCCUCCCCUUUCACUAAAUUGAGCUAAUUUCACCUUUGCUGUGGAAUUUAAUUAAAUUUAAUUAAUUGGCUUUUUUGUGCAACAGCGGAAGCUGCAACGCGGCAUUUUUUUGCACUUUUUUUGACGAAUAUUUUUGUUUUAUUUUAAAUGUAAUAAAAUAAAGUUUUUCCAACUCAUCCACUUUAACCGUAAGAAAGCUAUUUUUAUCAAUUUGAAAGUACAAAAUAACGAAGGUGCUGUAAAUAAGAAAAAUGUGGGGAAAAUAGUGAAAAAGUAAAAAAACAAAACUACAAAAUAUGUGUGGAUGAAAAAAAAAAUAGGAACACAAAUAAAUGACAUAUUAAAAAAAAAGAAAGAAAUAAUUGUAAAGAAAAUAAAAUAUUAAACAUACAUAAGAGAAUAGCUUAAAUAGUUUUUCAGUAGCCGCAAAGUUCUUUUCAUAAAAUCUAAUUUUCAUUUAAUGAAUAAAUAAAGAUUUUUUUUAUAUUUUCCUCUUAUUUCGUCCCUCCUCAGUGAAAUGUCUUUUUAAAUAAAAAAAAAAGUGAAAUUGUGUGUUUGUGUGGACAAAAAUGACUUUAAAAACUCAGUGAAAAAAAUGACAAGUAUAAACAAUAAUUUUUACGAAGAAAAACAAUUUAAUUUGCUAAGGUUAAUCGUAUAAAAGUAUAAAGAAAAAAACAUAAAGUCUCGCCAAAAAAAUUUACUAAAAAAAUGUAUUUAGUGGAGAGAAAAAAAUUUCCUACUUUUAUAUUUCCUUCUGAAUUAAAAUUAAAGAGAAAGAGAAUAAAAAUUAUUGUUAUUUAUAAGUAAAAGAAAACAAAAAAAAGAGCAAAACAAAGAGAUUGUUAAUUUCAAGGAGAAAAAAAAAGAUUUAAAAAAAAAACAUUAAUUGAACAUCUUGUUGAAUUUCAAUUUAAAAAAAUUAUAUUUUUUCAAGAAUAAAAAAAUCACAUGAAAAAUAAAUUAUAUUGACUUGACAAAUUUAUAGUUAUUUAUGAAUUUUUGAAAAGAAUGAAAAAAAUCUUGAAAUUAUUAGUUGGCUGUUAUUUGAUAUAAAGAAAAAAAUAAUUAUUAUAUUUGGUGAUCUCAUCUCUUUUUAAAGAAAAAAAAACUAAAAUAGACAAAAAAAGCUAGUUGUGUGAAAAAUACGAAAAUAAACUAAAAGAUGUGGAAAAGUUCUUUUUUUCUCAUAAAUGUAUAUAAAAUUAGGAAUUAUUUUCGUUUAUUUUUUUUGUACAUUUUGACAAAAGAAAGUGCCAUUUUCGUAUAAAUUAUCAAUUUUUUCUUUUGAUUUCUAGGAAAAAAAUAUAAUAAAUUGAAAAAGCACAAAAAUAUCCAUAAAGAUCAUUGAAAAAAUAUUGCAUUGAAAGAAAUUGUGCAAUUCAGUGAAAGUUAAAGAAAUGAAAAAUCAACCCAGUAAAAACAUUUGAAGAAAUUUCCUAUUUUUCCACUUUUAUGUUGUAAUUAUCUUCUAAUUUAAAGAAUUCAAAAAAAAAAUCCUAAUUGGAAUUUUUGCAGUUUUUUAUUGAAACGAAGAUUAAAAAGGAAAAAUAAUGAAGAAAUAAAAAUAAAAUGAAAUAGAUAUAGUAGUAAAUAAGUAUUAAAAAAAAUAAAUAUCCAAAAAAACGUGAAGAUUGUAUGUACCAUAAAAUAGUAAGACAAAAAAAUAGAGAAGAAAAAUCUCCUUAACUGAAAAAAAAAGAAUUCUUUUUGAGAAAAAGAAAAGAAAUAUUUCUUACUAAAUAAAAUACAUAAGGUGGAAAAUAAGUGAAAAAAUAUAUAUAGCCGAAAAGAAGAUUAAACUCGACAUUUUUUUUGAGCAGUGACAAAAAAAAACUUCUGAUGAGGAAAAAAAUGCAAAACGUACCUUAGACACACUUAUAAAUGUAAUGAUAAAACAUAUAAAGAAGAAAAAAAUAUGUAAGUACUAAAAUUAAACAAAAAAAAACUAUAAAUAUAUAUUUAAUAAUGAAUUACUAGCAUAAGAAAGUACAGAAUAAAAAAAAAGAGAAAUGCUGAUAAAAAUGAAGGAGAAGAAAACAAUAUUAAUACUUAAAAAAAAACAAAUCUAUGGAAUAGAGAAAAAAGAAUUAAUUUCUAUAGGACAACGUCGUUCGGUUGUCUCUAAUUAACUUCUUUCUUUAUUUCCCUCCCGCCCCCUCCUUUUUUCAUUCAUCUCUUCACUUUUGUGUUUUUUCUUUUUGUAGAAGAAACUCGGUAAAAAAUUCAUAAGAGUAUGUUAUAAUGAAUAAAAUAUAUAUAUAACUAUAUUUACUAUUAUUAUGUAUAAAAUUCUGAUUACAGAAAUAAAUGCAAAUAUAAAGCUUAAUGAAAAAAAAA